UUUCGUCUGAAUUUCGUUUACGACGCGCAGGACUGUUCGAAGAAUGAAAUAAUGAGCCUUUGCUCGUCGAACAACGCAUUUCAUGCGCAUCUUUUUAAGUCACUGCGCGUCAGUGUGGCAACGUAGGCAUUAACCGAGACCCUUGAUUGCCACUAUGGUCCGAAACCGAAAAAGAAAUGACAACCCUGCUCGCUCCCAGCUGGAGGCCAUCGCGUGUCCUGUUUAAACGGCAAAGAAUAUGGCACAACAUUGCGAGGGCAUCCAGGUGCUCUUGGCGGCGGAAAAGAAAGCCCUCGAAAAGGUUGCUGAAGCCAAGAAGCGUAAAGCAAAGAGAUUGAAGGAUGCGAGGGUCAGUGCACAAGCAGAGAUUGAGAAGUUCAAGGAAGAACGGGAAAAGCAGUUCAAAGAAUACGAGGCAGCGCACAUGGGAUCCCGAGAAGAAAUUGUGGGUUCCAUUGAAGGUGGCACUGUGACGAAGCUCGCCGCCAUCGAGACGAGUGUUCAACAACAAAAGAAAGGAGUCAUCGAAAAACUGCUCAAAAUCGUCUAUGACGUCGAACCCAAGGUGCACUGCAAUUUCAGGCCUGGUGCUCCGUGAUACCUUCGUUGUUUAGACUGCUGCCAAAUAAAACCUCCUUUUUUUUUCUGUU